CGUGUACCCAUUUAUUUAUAUCGACGAAGACACAAACACGCCCACCCUUUAUUCUACACAUUAUACAUAUAUAUACACGUAUGCAUAGCCCACCUCCAUUCUAUUCUCUUCUCUUCUCUUUUUCUGCCCGCGGAUAAUAAUAAUACCAGGUACACACUUCGUCCCUCCAGACUCAUUAUUUCUGCAAAUGAUUCGUAAGGUUGUAAUUUAGACCCCGAGUUGAAUUUCGCCGAAACGCUGACGGACGGUGGUUCCUACUCCGCCGACCGCAGCUUUCCUCUUUAUUGCAUCCACCCACCCAUUUAUAUCCCAUCGGAGACGCAUCUCCUUUAAUAAAUCUGGCUUGCUCGCUCGCUCGCACGUUUUGAAUCCACGUAUCCCGCUACCAACGGAAAGCCUUUUCUUAUCCAUUCUAAUGUAGCAAUUUCCCUUCUCUUUCAUUUUGACUCCAAAAUGCUUAAUCUUCUCUUAAAGGCCUUUGGAAAAGCAUAACCCCAACUUAACUUUUAAAUGAGGUUCUUACAACAUUCCUUCAAAUUCUUACUUUCUCUUGGUUCUUGUAGCUCAGUCAGUGGUUUGGGAUACAUGGUUACCGACUGUUAGAUUGAGUUGCAUAGAUAGAUUAGCGGACCACUUUCAAUCUUUCACUGUUAUUUAAGAAUUGUACGCUACAGAGCUAACACUACUUCCAGGCACUCACUUCCCUUAUGCGGUUAUCUUGUUCACAUUAUUUUGGAAUUAUGAAAAAUAUAUCAUUAAAUUAUAAAUAAUGGACCAAAAAUGUGUAAUUUUGGUGCACAGUGACUAUAUUAGUUAUUCCACAAUGACAUGAUAUUCUUUUACGUUGUAGUUACAGUUGAUAUUUUAUAUGAAGUACUACGUAUGUGACUGCAGUGACCAUUCAGCAACAACAUCCAUGACUUAACCCCAAAAGAGCAUAUUGUCAUAUUUUUUCCCAUGAGUUGUAUUAUAACAACAGCCCCUUUUACACUAGGUUACAUUGAAAUGAUGAUGUUUGGUUCAUAGAUUGUUAUUUGAGGUGCACAGUUUUGUUGUGUAAGAGUUUUCUCAAGAUUACGAUGCCAAAUUGUUAUUCUUCAUGAUGAUUAUGCAGCUAUGUUCUUCAAUAUUAUGCAGGCUGUAAAACUUUAUUGUUUUUUUAUAUUCUUGUAGGUUGUGUUAAAAGUUAGAACCAACAGAAGGUGGAUAGACCUUUUCUUGGCAGUGUGUUACAGUCUUAUGUUGAUAAUAUUCUGUGCUUGGAGCAGCUGAUGCUGCCAUCCCAUACAUGAUAGUAUGGACUCGCAUAAGUUUUUUGCACACAUCAGAACUGGAGCAGAUUUAUCGUUCUCUUCAUUUCCUGCGAUUCAAUCCUUACCUAAUCCAAUAUCUUCUAUUGACUGCUUAAAGUUUAACCCGACAAGUUCUCCCAAUUCGCCCUUUACUGAUUAUAUUGAUCCCCAAACCCAUACUGCUUUUCGUGACAGUCACGAUCCCACAACCGAAAAUCUUCCACUGGACUAUAGCAGUUAUCCUCAAUUGUGCAGUAGUCCUACCACUUUUCUCCAAAAUUUGAACCGCAGUCAGUUGAUGAAACGUGUUCUGCUGCAGUUAGAGAGUGAUUUGAUGAGGCCUGAAGAAGGGACAAUGUCAGCUCCUCCUCCUAUUAAUGAUAUCAAAUGGUUACUUACGGCGUGUGCCAGAGCACUUGACGAGAAGAAACUGUCUGAUUUUGACAGACUUGUUGACCACGCGCGUGGGUUGGUGUCUAUCACGGGGAAUCCUAUCCAGCGCCUAGGCGCUUACAUGAUUGAAGGGUUAGUUGCCAGGAAAGAGGCAUCGGGUAGCAACAUUUAUAGGGCAUUGAGAUGUAAUGAGCCAACGGGAAAGGAUUUACUAUCGUACAUGCACAUCUUGUAUGAGAUUUGCCCGUAUCUAAAAUUUGGUUACGAGGCCGCAAAUGGUGCCAUAGCUGAAGCAUGCAGAAACGAUGACCGCAUUCACAUCAUAGACUUUCAGAUUGCACAGGGGGGCCAAUGGAUAACGCUCCUACAAGCACUUGCCGCAAGGCCCAGCGGUCCCCCGCACGUGCGCAUCACUGGGAUCGAUGAUCCGGUUUCUCGCCAUGCCCGGGGAGAUGGCUUGGCAGCUGUCGGGAAACGGCUCGCGGCCAUAUCUGAGAGAUUCAAGAUUCAGGUAGAGUUCCACCCUGUCCCGGUUUACGCUUCGCUAAUCACCAUAGAUAUGCUUGGUGUGCGGCCGGGUGAGUCGCUGGCAGUGAACUUCCCCUUACAACUCCAUCACACACCGGACGAGAGCGUUGACGUGAAGAAUCCGAGGGAUGGGCUUUUGAGGUUGGUGAAAUCGAUGUCCCCCAAGGUGGUCACAUUGGUGGAGCAGGAAUCAAACACCAAUACAGCGCCUUUUUUCCCAAGGUUCAAAGAAGCUCUGGACUACUACUCAGCAAUGUUUGAAUCGCUGGAUGUUGUCCUGGCAAGGGACAGGAAGGAGCGGAUCAAUGUCGAGCAGCACUGCCUGGCAAGAGACUUGGUGAACGUGAUUGCUUGUGAGGGGAAGGAGAGGGUGGAGCGGCAUGAAAUGUUGGGGAAGUGGAAAUCGAGGUUCAAUAUGGCCGGGUUUCAACAGUACCCUCUCAGUUCCUACGUCAAUUCAGUCCUGAAGGGCCUCCUCAAGUGUUACUCUGAGCAUUACACAAUUGUUGAGAAAGAUGGGGCUAUGCUAUUGGGAUGGAAGGAAAGAAACCUCAUCUCCACAUCUGCUUGGCACUGAGUCUGUCAUUCAUAAAACGCAUUGGGAAGUUGUAAAAGCUCUGUAUCCAAAAAAACGAAGUAGGAAAGCCAAAAAACAUGACUUUUAUUGGGAGACAGGGAGUAGUCAGGUAAACGUACACACGUAGUGCAUAGAAGAUAUACGAAGUUUGAUGCAGUCGAGCAGAUGACGAUGGUAGUCCUUAGGCAAUGAUUGUAAAAUAGGGGCUUUUGGACGGAAAAAUGUAACCAAUUUAUUGUUUUUACUCUUAAUCUUAUUUGAAAUAUUCUUUUUACUCCUAUUUAGGGUUAUUUAUGAAAACGUGUCUUUGCUUAAUUUGUUUACAUAGUUUCAUAAGUUGGAUUUUUUAAUGAAGUUUAUCCUAUAAUAUUACUUAAA